UUAUCAGAUUUUGUCUGUAGUCUGUAGUAAUAAUGUCAAUAUGCAAUUAAGCUUAAUAUUGUUAAUUAUUAAUUUUGUAUUUAAAAUCCCUUGACGCAAUCACAACUGUGAACAGCGAUAAACCGAUGUACGGUAAUAUUAUUAAAAUGGAUUUAAUUAUCCGCGAAAAUAAAAAACAGAGUGGUGUUUCAUAAAUUGUUCUUCGUAUAAUGUGUAUCUAAAAUCUAAAUAUCAGCAGAGUAUACGGUCGGUGUGAAAUUUUGAACCACAAAAAUGGCUCGUAUGAAAACUAUGAUCAAAGCGUUGGCAGUUCUAACAAUCAUCUUGGUCGUUUUAAUCAAAUGCCACAUAAGUUUUUUUAAUAAGAACGACUAUGUCAGAGGUAAAGAUUUACUUGACCAUGCCAUUCGAGCGGCAAUUCUGGGCGGUGUACAGAUUAUAAACAUUCAUGACGAAGAUUUGGUUGAAGCUCUAUCCAAAGGAAAAACACAGGAAGGAGCUAACGAUCCAGUUACAAACGCUGAUUAUACCUCUCAUUGCGCCAUGUAUUAUCAUCUGAAAAAAAAAUUUCCAGAUAUAAAAUUGAUUUCGGAAGAAGAACAUUCAGAAAGCGAAUGCGAGAAAUUAAAUGUACUGCAAGUGGAUUUAUUUCAUAGUGGGCAUCUAUCUAGUGACGACGAAAAACUCGAGAAAGAACAUUUGACUAUCUGGAUCGAUCCAUUAGAUGCUACACAAGAGUUUACAGAAAAAUUGACACAGUACGUAACAACUAUGGUGUGUGUAGCGUAUAAAGGUGUACCCAUAAUCGGUGUUAUUCAUGAACCGUUUACUUCCAAAACAACAUGGGCAUGGGGUUCGAAAUUAACUUCUGUGAGGUCCAAAGACAUUAACGUACCUAGCAAGAGAUCUGUUGUUGUUUCAAGAUCACAUAAAGGAGAUGUGUUGCACGUGUUAGAAGACCGUUUGUAUGGUGUACCUGUUGUAACAGCCGGAGGUGCGGGCUAUAAAGUUUUGCAAGUGUUGUAUGGAAAUGCGUCGGCUUAUAUACACACAACAAACAUCAAGAAGUGGGAUAUUUGCGCGGGCCACGCAUUGUUAAGAAGUAGAGGAGGCCAAAUGACUUCAUUACACGAUAAAGACAUAACCUAUGGAAAAUCGACGAGUCUUGUGCAUGUAGGAGGAAUAAUUGCAACGACUCACAACCACAAUCAUUAUGUAAGCGCCCUUAAAAAUUUACGUGGUAUUUAAUUAUUAAAAUGGGUUUUUUAUUUUGGAAAAAAAAUAAUGUCUAAACAAAACUUGUAUAAUAAUUUUUGACAAUUAUAUUGCAUUUCUUAGUUCUUGGUUUAGAAUGUAGGUAGAACAUUUAAAUUUUUAAAUAAGAGUAAAUUUUACCAAUUUUUAAAAUAAUUAUUUAUUCAUUACUAUUGAAUUUAACUUAGUGUGUGGACAGUUGAACAGUAGAAAUGUAUAGAAUUGUAAAUUUAGUUGUACCUAUCCUAUAAAUGUAGCUGUAUUUUUAAAUAUUGUCAUAAAAUUGUACAAAUAAAUAUUACAGUAACAUUUUCUAUAAGUAAAUAAAAAUGUUUUUGUUCUUGAAAUGCUAUUUAAAAUCAUUGUUUUUCGAGAUCUUUCUUUAAAUUUGAAUUUCAAGUACACUUGCUUUUUUUUAAUCGGAUAAAGAAUAAUUUUUUAUUUUAAAUAAUCUAAAUUUACUUAUAUAAUUAACAAAAAAUAAUUAAUUUUACGUCUUAUAUUAUGCAUGUCAUUUAUAACACCGAUUUGUUGCUAAACUUUAUUUUUUUUUUUAUUAAACUAAAUUCGUUGUUGAUUGUUAUUGUUUUAGCGUAAGGUUUAAUCUAAUAUUUAUUUGUAUAUUUUGCUUACCUUAUUUACUAUGUAAUUAUCUAUGAAUGAUAUGUGUACGACCAUACAAUGUACCGACCAAUCAACCAAUGAAUUCACUCGUGUUCUGUUUAUUGUCAAAAUAAACUAAAGCAUUACAUUCAUUUUUUAGAAUUUCAUGCGAUAUUGUUCUUAAAUUAAAUAAAUGUUUCCUUUAUUUUUUCCCCUUUGAGCAUAGUCGAUUAGUUGGUAACAAAAUACCAUAAAUAAUAAAGAAAAAGCUUUAGUUAUUUUACGGUUAUCAAUAAUUUUUGGUAUAUCUAUUAAUUGUGCCUAG